UAUGGUCGCAGACGAAUGACGAUUGACGAAUAUAUAGAGAUUUUUUAGGUUACUGGUUAAAAAUGCCUCCAAGACGUGAACAAUUUUAUACUAAAAGAAAUAAGGGGUCCAAAUUUCAAAAUAGAGGCCCACCAAGAAAAAAAGAAUACAUACAUCAAGAUCAACUUAUAGAAGUUGAGGUUGGGAUAUCAGAAUUUAUCAGUAAUUUGGAAGGGUUCUCUGGUAUUAUAAAAGCGAGAUUUUCAGAUUUCCAGGUCAACGAAAUUAAUUUAGAAGGUGCAGUAGCUAAAUUAACUAAUACUAGUGCUCCUAAAGAUUUUACUUCAAAAGUUGAGAAGAUGGAUUAUGAUAAUAUUACAGUUACUCCUCUAGAAAAUAUACCCCAAGAAAAAUGGGAUGCUCUCAAGAGCCUUGUAAGCUCUAAAAAUUCUGAAGUGGUGACUUUAGGAGCAGAUAAUUUUGGAAAAACGGAAAGGACAGAAAUUCAUAAAUGCAUUAAAAAAUAUUUUGGACAAAAAGUAAUUGCUUCUACAGUGACGAUAGAUGAUAAAAAAUAUUUGCAGUUUAAAAAAUUUGUUAAAGGAGAGAAAAGUGAUAUUAGGUUUCAGUGGCCCGAUGAUAAAGGAGAAUAUGUAUAUUUUUUGGUAUAUAAAGAAGCUAUAGACACCAUGGAAGCUUGCUUAAAAAUCGGCGACUGUCUGAAAAUGUCUCCUGCUAAUUUCACAUAUGCUGGCGUAAAAGACAAAAGAGCAAAAACUACUCAGUGGUUCUGUAUUCAUAAAGUGGAACCAUGGAAAUUGAUGAAGAAAACAAGACCCAUCAGAAAUAUAAAAGUAGGAAAUUUUACAUUUAAAGAUGUACCUCUAAAACUAGGACAGUUACAAGGUAACAAGUUUAGGAUUGCUUUAAGAAAUGUAACAGGAAAUGAUGAAUUAAUAAAUCAGUCAAUGAAGCACGUUGAGGAGAACGGUUUUAUUAACUAUUACGGUUUACAAAGGUUUGGGAAUGAUAAAGAAGUGCCUACAUUUGAUAUUGGAAUUAAUCUUCUUUUAGGGAAAUGGAAAGAGGCUGCACAACUAAUUUUGAAACCAAAAACAUCUGAUGAUCCUUUGGACGACGUAUCAAAGGCAAAGAAAAUUUAUUUCGAAACUGAAGAUGCCACCAGAGCAUAUGAAGUGUUGGAGAAUAGUAGAAAUAAAUGCGUAGAGUCUCGGCUUCUGCAGGGUCUAAAAAAAGGACAUGAAAAUGAUUUUGUUAAUGCUUUAGAAAAUAUUCCAAGAAAUAUGAGGCUGCUUUAUAUUCAUUCUUUCCAAAGUUUAGUUUGGAAUAAGAUGGUUUCCAAACGACUGCAAGUCUACGGAUUAAAGCCAGUGGAAGGUGAUUUUAUUUUAUUAAAUGCAAAUAAAGAUGAAAUCGAGGACGAUCCGUUUGAAGUUCCUGAAAAUAUUGACGGCAAAAAUGGGGAAGAAUACAUUAAAUGUGAACAAAUAGUAAAGUCGAUCUCUGCUGAGGAAAUAGAAAAUUUCACGAUAUAUGAUAUCGUACUGCCUUUACCUGGGUAUGAUAUAAAAUAUCCAGAAAACAUGAAACAAUAUUAUAAGGAAGAAUUAGAGAAGUACGGCCUCACCUUAGAUAUGACCAGGCAGAAAGUAAAGAUGUACACAUUGUGUGGAAACUACAGGAAGAUUUUGGGACGUGUGAAGAAUGUUUCUUGGAAGAUACUACAUUACAAUGAUCCAACGGAUAAUUUAAUAAGGUCCGACUUUGAGGAGUUAAGGGGUGACCCUGAACCCGCAGAUGUUAAUGAGGGAAAAUAUAAAGCCUUGGUGAUGGAAUUCGAUUUAGAGCCAUCCUCUUACGCAACAAUGGUCCUUCGUGAGAUCCUGAAAUGCGACACAUCCAGCAGCGCCCAGGCUCGGAUGAACGACUAUCAUGAUGCCCAAGUCGUGAAAAAGAUCAUAAUCGCAUCGAACAGUAACGAGACUGACCAUAAGCCGGAAACGUGUGAUGUGAUCCAAAGCGGCAGUCUUUUGUCUAAUACUGAGAAGUAUGAAGAAUUCAAGAACAGUAUUUUCAAGAGUGUAGAAGCACCCGAGAAAAGGAAAAGUGACAGCGGGGUCGAGGAGAGCGGUAUUAAAAAACAAAAGACGGAGAAUAGGGAGCAGACUCGGAUUGUGAUGGAAACUUCCCUUUUGUAGUUUUCGAUGUUUCAAUUUUAUAUUGUGAUGUUGUCGUAAUAAAAAAAAAGAUUUGA